GGUUUGUUCAUAGCAAUGUGGUUUUCGUUUUCCUUUCAGGGCUCAGCAGAUUCGUACACAAGCAGACCCUCAGACUCUGAUGUGUCUUUGGAAGAGGAUAGGGAAGCAAUCCGCCAGGAGAGAGAGCAGCAAGCAGCGAUACAGCUUGAAAGGGCAAAGUCCAAACCAGUAGCAUUUGCUGUCAAGACCAAUGUGAGUUACUGUGGAGCACUGGAUGAAGAUGUCCCUGUCCCAAGCACUGCCAUCUCUUUUGAUGCGAAGGACUUCCUACACAUUAAAGAGAAAUACAAUAAUGACUGGUGGAUAGGGAGGCUGGUGAAGGAGGGCUGUGAAAUUGGUUUCAUUCCGAGCCCGCUUAGACUGGAGAAUAUUCGCAUCCAGCAGGAGCAGAAGAGAGGACGUUUCCAUGGAGGGAAAUCAAGUGGAAAUUCUUCUUCAAGUCUUGGAGAAAUGGUUUCUGGCACGUUUCGAGCCACUCCUACUUCCACAGCAAAACAGAAACAAAAAGUGACAGAACACAUUCCCCCAUAUGAUGUGGUGCCAUCUAUGAGGCCCGUUGUCUUAGUGGGGCCAUCGCUGAAAGGCUAUGAGGUGACAGACAUGAUGCAGAAAGCUCUCUUUGACUUCCUGAAGCACAGGUUUGAUGGGAGGAUAUCAAUAACCCGAGUGACAGCUGACAUUUCUCUUGCUAAGAGGUCUGUUCUGAAUAACCCAAGCAAGAGGGCAAUAAUUGAGCGGUCAAACACACGAUCCAGUUUAGCUGAAGUGCAGAGUGAGAUUGAAAGAAUCUUUGAGCUGGCCCGGUCCUUGCAGCUGGUUGUCCUGGAUGCAGACACUAUCAAUCACCCCGCACAACUUAUCAAGACAUCUCUAGCACCAAUUAUUGUCCAUGUUAAAGUGUCUUCUCCAAAGGUUUUGCAGCGACUGAUUAAAUCUAGAGGAAAGUCACAAAGUAAACACUUGAAUGUUCAGUUGGUGGCAGCUGAUAAACUUGCACAAUGCCCACCAGUAAGUACAGAAGAAAGGCUAAAGAGCUUGUGAUGUGUGGAGUCUGAAAGAUUUCUGCUGUCUCGGUCCUUUAUUAUAGCAAAGUUCAAAUGUUAUCACUUCCCUUUGUGGACAGCCCUACCACUGCAACCCUAGCUCAGCUUUUGUUGCUGAGGAAGAAAAAGGUGUGGUACUUUCUUCCUGACUGUCUCCAAAGCCGGGUUUGUUUUGCUCUUUGGCCAGAUGACGGGUCAGAAAUGACGUGUAUGGUAAAACUGGUCUUCCAGCAGCACACGAGCAAAUUACAUCACAUGUGGAGCAGUGCUGUCUCAAGGGCCAAAGUCUCAGAGUCGUGUUUGGGAGGAGGCUGCAGGGGUCUUUCCUUCAGCCAUGCAGUGAGUUCCUGCACAGCAUGGGGCACUCGUGGCUGCACACACGCCAUCCCUGAGCCUCCUGGCACUGCAGCACCUGGGAACCCUUCCAGGUGCUUUAUCUGGAAGCCUGGUCACUGCUCAGGGCCGUCGUAUCACAGGUGCUGAUACUCACCUCAGUCGGUGUGCUUCUAAAGGAGCUCAGGUCUGAGAUACUGGAUUAGGCAGGCAGUGCUGUGCAGACAAACUGUACAGGAGUUUGGACAGGGCAGCUCAGACUGGCCUGUAUUUGUGAAAACUGUUGGUUCCUGUGACGGAGACAGCUGUUAAGUACAGACAUGCUUAGAUGAGGGCUUGCUUUCUGAAAAGCACCAUUUCCUAUUGAAACUGCAAUGGAGCUCCAGUUAGGUUUGCUCAGUAGCACCAACCAGAUGAAAAUAUGGAAAUGGAGGAACAGUUUAGACAGGUCUGUCAGAACACUUAAUAUUGGGAGUUUUGCACAAUGUUUUGGUGUAUGUUCAGGCUGGAUCUACAUGGAGGUGUUAGAAAGCAAGGAAAAAGGUGAUAGGCUUGACUGAAACUUGUCUUUGUCUGAAAAGUGAAUGGAUUAAGAACAUGUCCAGGAUGAGACAGAUCUGAUUCAGAUUCCUCCUUCACCUGAUACAGAACAGAAAUUCAAAUAUUGUAGAAAAGUACUGGUGAUAUUUGUGGGGCAUAUCUUGAUUUCUGCAGCCAGUUGUGCUGUUUGCAGUGCUCACUGUGCCCAGACUGCACACUCUGAGCCUGUCAGCUCUGCAUUUAGAAGCCUUCCUCCUUGCCAGUGUCCACUGUCAGAAAUGGAAGAUGGUGACUGCACAGAUAUAUGCAACUGCUUGUGCUGCAGAGCCAUCCAGCAAGUCGAAUGCAGCUUUGAAGCAUCCGACUCCUUGUGUGUGUUCUGCAUAUCCCCCCAGGCUUUUGUCCAGGGUUUCCUAAAUGGGAUAUCAUAGAAUCACAGAAUGGCCAGGGUUGAAAAGGAGCGCAAUGCUCAUCCAGUUCC